GUUCCACAAAAACUUAAUUAAAAAAUGGCCUGCUCAGUCGACGCCCCCUCCCUCAAGGACCUGCCAAAGGUGGCCACAGACCUGAAGAGUCAGCUUGAGGGCUUCAACACCAGCUGCCUCAAGGACGUCGAUACUAAUGAGAAGAUUGUGCUGCCAUCUGCUGAAGACAUAGCCCAAGAGAAGAUACACACCGCUCUUCUGCAAGGUGUAGAACAGUUUCAAACCUCAUCUCUCAGGAAAACAGAAACCGUCGAAAAAGUUGUGCUACCGAACGCACUAGAUGUUGCCACAGAGAAAACUCAAAAGUCCCUAUUCGACGGCAUUGAGAAAUUCGAUGCCACAAGGCUGAAACACACCGAGACGCAGGAAAAGAAUCCGCUUCCUGACAAAGACGUUGUGGCUGCGGAGAAGGCGCACCAAAAUCUCCUGGAGGGCGUGGAACACUUCGACAAAGCUCAGAUGAAGCACGCAACUACAGAAGAAAAGAAUCCCUUGCCGCCACAAGAAGCUAUCGAGGCGGAGAAGGAAAAGAACAAAUUCCUGAACGGUAUCGAGAACUUCGACCCCACCAAGCUGAAGCACACGGAGACGUGCGAGAAGAACCCUCUGCCCACUAAGGACAUUAUCGAGCAGGAGAAGACCGCCUAGGCGCUCGACCUCGCUAUGUAUCUCGCUAGUAUCGCCCUUAUUUUAAACGUCGAUAUAAGUUAAAUAAGAAACCAAAUAUAAGUUACAUCGACAAUGUCCAUCGCACAUCAUAGUACAUUAAGCAAAAACCAAAAACGCAUUGUAGACAUGUGCCAAAAACGCAAAAGCUCUUUAAAAAUCUCAAAUACCAUCGAUGUAACUUAUAGUGGUAGUACUGUACAGGACUGUUUACGCCUUUUCUUUUCAGACAGUCUUCCUUUGAAAUUACAGCGUCAUUUACUGGUAAUUUAACCAACAGAGCAAUAUUUACGGACUUUUACAGGACUGAAGAAUAGACGUAAACUGGUUCUUAUCAUUAGAUUUUAAGAACCGAAAUUUCUAUGUCACUUCUUAAUCGUAUAUUUAUCUAAUAAUAAUUGUAUUUUAUGAGCAUUUUAUUAUUUAAUUUAUAUUGAAGUGAAUAAUUAAGUAUUAAUAUCAAGUACUGAUUUUAUUUUAGUCGAGAACACAGCACUCCAAGAUUUUAUUACAGUACCAGAUUUAUUUUAAGCUUUGUGCAUGUGUUCUCUGUUAAGUUGAAAGAUUAUUAAUUAAGUACCAAUGAAAUUCAUGCAUCAUUAUGUGUGUAAAGUGGCUCUGGUCAAUAAAAUAUUACUAGAAUUUUAGUCUCUUGUUGCUUUCGGUUUCAACUAGUAACUUAUUUCUUCGUUGAUAUUAGUGUACGCGUUUUCAGUGUUGCAUUAACUUAGAAAUAAGCAAAAUAUCAUCGAAAUUGGUAGAACUGUAUGUAAUAAUCGUAUUUGCUCAACCGUGUUUGAUAAAAUAUUCCUCAUCUAAAAGGCGAUUCGUUUUAAGUGGUACAUUUUUAUAAAUCAUAUACAAAACAAUAAAUCCUUUUCCAAUUUUAUAUUGUGCUGUAAUAAUUACAACAAUUGUAACCAUUUUACCAAAAUUUUGUAUGUUUUUACAGACGGUGCUUUUUAUAAAUACAAAAUAAAGCGUA